AUUAGGUUGAUUUUGCUCAUUUUCAAAUAAGGUGUGAGAGAGAGAGAGAGGGAACAAAAGUAACAGGCGUCUCUCUCUCUCUCCUCUCACUGUACUAAUUCAAGUUGAAUUACUACAGCCGGAAGCAGAGUUAGGGUUUAAGUGUAGGAGGAGAUGGGAACCUCUGAUGAGAAGAACUCCAUUGUUCAACUACAAAAUGAACCUACAUUACUACAGCCUGAAGCAGAGCUAGGGUUUCAAGCUUCUGCUUCUCUUGAUUCUGAUCUCAAUCCCAAUCCUACCUCUCAUGAUCUCCUCGAUGAGCUACCGACUGUUGUAGAGACUCAUAAUCAACAAUGUGAUGAUGGAAUCCUCAAUAAAUCUGCCGACGAAGAGCUUCAGUAUCAGCGACUGAUCAUUGAGGGUAUACAGAAUUUAGUUUUGGAAGAGAGAGAAAGGGAGAGUAAGGAGGAUGCCGAUCACGAAGAGUAUAUAGAAGUAGCCGAGGAAGACGACUAUAAGAUAGAUGCAGAUCGAGGUGACAAUGGUUUUGAAGAGAGCUACAGUGACGAUAAUCAGAUUGAGGAGGAUGUUUAUACUGAUGAGGGAGACGGAAUAGAGUCUUCAGAGUUAGAAGUAUCUAAGCAUGUGAAAUAUAAUAGGCCUACUUGUCCAGUGAGUCGCCUUGAUGCUGAAGAUUGUCCGCAUUUCAUGAGAACUGGAACAUGCAAGUUUGGAUCAUUUUGCAAGUUUAACCACCCUCCUAAUAAGAUUAACCAGGCUUCAAAGGGUAGAAGGAAUGAUGGAAAUUCAGAAAGAAUGGGGCAAGUUGACUGCAAGUAUUAUCUUGUGCCUGGGGGAUGUAAAUACGGGAAUACUUGCAAAUUCAAGCACCGUGGUGGAAAUAAUCUUUUUCCUCCACACAAUCACUGCGGUGGAGAGGUUCCAUUCUCUCCGGUUAUUCAGUUCAAUUUUCUUGGACUUCCAAUUAAUGUGGAAGAAAAAGAUUGUCCCUAUUACAUGCGUACUGGAACCUGCAAGUAUGGUGCUAACUGCAGAUUCAAUCACCCUGAUCCUUCUGCACAGAGUGGUGAUCCUCAUUCUGGAUAUAAUGCAGAAGGAUCUGUAUCGCAAGGCAUCUUCCCUCGACCAAACGUGUCAUCUUGGUCAACACCAAAUGAGGCUGGUCCACGGCCAACAAUGUUUCCUCCUAGACAACUGAACUCUGUUGGUCCACAAUGGAACAGUUUUCAGGCGCCUAAUGUCUACCCAACAGCUGGGACCAGUAGUCUACCUAUACCACCUGCGCUUGCUCUGAUCAACUCGAUGUCUGAAACCAACAACUUCCAUAUGUAUCACAAUCAACAGAAGAUUGUAGCACAGGCGCCUAAUGUCUACCCAACAGCUGGGACCAGUAGUCUACCUAUACCACCUGCGCUUGCUCUGAUCAACUCGAUGCCUGAAACCAACAACUUCCAUAUGUAUCAUAAUCAACAGAAGACUGUAGCCAAUGAAUAUCCAGAUCGCCCUGGCCAGCCUGAAUGCAGUUUCUUUAUGAAAACGGGAAGCUGUAAAUACAAAUCCACUUGCAAAUUUCACCACCCAAGACUUCAGCUCCCCAAGAUAACUAAUGCUGCUCAUAGCGGAAAAGGCCUUCCAUUAAGACCCGACCGGCCUAUAUGUACUGAUUAUGGUCGAUAUGGUAUUUGCAAGGACGGCCGUGCCUGUGAAUACGAUCAUCCAGCAAACUACAGCCAGUCUAUCUCUUCUUCUUCAUCAUCAUCAUCUAUGCCUGGACCGGAAAAUCAAUUUGGCAACUGGACAGUGAACAAUAACAUGGCAAAUGGAAAUCCUGGUGGUUAUUUUACCAAGCCUCAAAUACAACAAUCAUUCUAAGUCUAAGAACUUCCAAACAACUAUGCUGUGCCCAUGAACUAUUUUACUGAUAUUUUUUUUUUUCGUUUUGAAUUACCAGAAUUGACUUGAUAGGACACGGAUGAUAGGAUUUCUUUACCAUAUUUUCAGGUUUCGAAAACUACAUCAAAGUCAAGAAAUCAGGAUUAUUUGAGAUUUUCUUUUAGUUUAUUGGUGCAACUGAUUAUUAUUAUUAUUAUUAUUAUUAUUAUUAGCACAUGUUUGAA